GCGUGCUUACCAACAUAAGGCGACUUCACCGCGGUUGUGGUGCUUUUAGCAGUUUAGCUUGGCCCACUUUGCACGUUGUAACCAUGGUGAACGUCAAGAAGCGGAAAGGUCGCGUCGUUAUUGACUCGGACUCUGAAGACAGCGCCAGCGAUGACAAUUUAGAUCAGGAGCUGCUGUCAUUGGCUAAGAGAAAGCGGGUAGAUUCUGGUGAGCAGGAGGAACCGGUGAGCAAACCAGCAGCGUCCACCGAUUCCGAGACAUCAGACAGUGACGACGAGUGGACAGUCGGGGGCACCAAAGGCAAAAAGAAGGUGAAACAAGGUAAAGGUCCCGAGAAGAAAAACGCCACCAAGAAGAAGCUUCAUAAGUCGACAGCGUCUGGAAGCUCUGAUGGAGACAGCACGGGGGAGAGCUCCGCACCAGAAGAGGGCGAAGUGUCCGACUCGGAGAGCAACAGCUCCUCGUCCAGCUCGGACUCGGACUCAUCAGAGGACGACGUCUUCCGGGACGGUUACGACGACGACCUGAUGGGCGAUGCUGAGGAUCGAGCGCGGUUGGAACAGAUGACAGAGAAGGAACGUGAGCAGGAGCUUUUUAACAGGAUAGAGAAGCGAGAGGUGCUCAAAAGACGGUUUGAAAUCAAGAAGAAGCUGAAGACGGCGAAGAAGAAAGAGAAAGAGGAGAAGAAGAAGAAGCAAGAGGAAGAGCAAGAAAAACGCAAGUCAUCUCAGGUUCAAGAUACACAAGUGGUGAUGUCACAUAACAAGGAGCGUCGGUCCAAGCGUGAUGAGAAACUUGACAAAAAGUCUCAGGCCAUGGAAGAAUUAAAAGCUGAGCGAGAGAAGAAAAAGAACAAGACCGCAGAACUCUUGGCCAAACGCCAGCCCCUGAAGACCAGCGAGGUGUACUCCGACGACGAAGAAGAGGAAGAGGAGGAAGACGAUGACAAGUCGUCUGUCAAAAGCGACAGGAGUUCACGCUCGUCCUCGUUCGACGAUGACGACGAAAAAGAAGAAACGCCGCCUAAAUCACAACCCGUGUCGUUGCCCGAUGAGCUUAAUCGGAUCCGCCUGUCCAGACACAAGCUGGAGCGCUGGUGUCACAUGCCCUUCUUUGCCAAAACCGUCACCGGUUGCUUUGUCAGAAUCGGCAUAGGGAACAGCAGCAGUAAACCAGUCUACAGGGUUGCUGAAAUUACGGACGUGGUAGAGACGGCAAAGGUUUACCAACUGGGCACAACGCGGACGAACAAAGGACUACAAUUACGGCACGGCGGCGACAUGCGCGUCUUCAGGCUGGAGUUUGUCUCCAAUCAGGAGUUUACCGAGAACGAGUUCAUGAAGUGGAAAGAGGCGAUGAUUGUUGCUGGCAUGCAAGUGCCAACGUUGGACGAAAUCACCAAAAAGGAGCAGUCCAUCAAAGAAGCCAUGAAUUACAAGUUCAAUGACAAAGACAUAGAGGAUAUUGUCAAAGAGAAGGACAGAUUCCGGAAAGCACCACCAAACUAUGCCAUGAAGAAAACUCAGUUGCUUAAAGAUAAGGCCAUGGCUGAGGAGAGUGGCGAUGGCGACAAAGUAAAGGUCAUCCAGGACGAGUUGAAUGAGCUGGAGGAGCGAGCAGAGGCACUUGACAGGCAGAGAACCAAGAACAUCUCCGCCAUCAGCUACAUUAAUCAGAGGAACAGAAGCUGGAACAUCGUCGAAUCGGAAAAAGCUCUAGUGGCUGAAGGGCAAAAUGCCAAAAACCAACAAAUGGACCCGUUCACUCGGAGACAAUGCAAACCCACCAUGGUGUCCAAUGCAAGAGACCCGUCAGUGCACGCCGCCAUCCUUGCUCACCUGAAUCAGAAGUACGGUUCUGGAUCUACACCUGAUCCUUCCGUUCUUGAGAAGAACAAACAGGGUCCUAUGGACAUAAAGGACAAAGAUGUAACUAAGCCAACCACUGACCUCUCUGAAGACUUAUUCAAAGUUCACGACUUUGAUGUAAAGAUUGACCUCCAAGUUCCUAAUGCAGAAGCACAGUCUCUGUCAGUGAGCUCCAUCUCACUCCCGGUGAGAGACGGCGCUCCCCGCCGAUCGCUCAACCUGGAGGACUACAAGAAGAGGAGGGGGCUUAUUUGAAGACCAGCGCACUGCAUGAGGAAGAGGCUGUGAAAGACGAGUGUGUGUGUGUAUGCGUGAGUUUGUCAGAGGUGUGAGUGUAUGACAACAGACUUUUUACCAGAGGACAUACUGAUCCAGACAACCUUUUCCCCCCUUUAUUUGUUUUUUUCCCCCCUGCAUUUAUUUUAAAAUGUUUAAUCCUCUUUGAGUACCCCUUUUUUCUGAAAGAGUAUUCAGUGGCGCUGGACAACACAAAACGAAACUGUGUUUUGGACUCAUCAUUGCUUUUGACCAGCAACUAACUAAUUGGCUGCAAUUUACAGUGAUGACCACUCACUGCCAGCCCUCCCAGGUACAAUGUAUCGGACGUUUAUCGCUGGUAAUGGCAGCCACGGAAUUUAAAUACCCUUUGCCCUCCCUCUUCAUGAUGCCUGCCCUUCCAAGUUUAUCCAGUAUCUAUCAAAUUGAAAUUGGAUCGGAUACUUAACUACAUCUUGAAAUGUAUCAUUCUGUCACUUUGUAAAUGCUUUCAAGUUGGCCAGAGGUUAAAUGGAAAUGGUUUUUUGUUCAUUUUUUUAAUGGAUGUUGCUUCAUUCCUCUUGUAUAACUCAUCAAGUUGUUUAAAAGGAUUUAAAAGACACCCUCGUCCUUAACUUCAAGAGCAGAUUCUAUUUGUUAUUGAUUGUCAAUAGUCAGUUCCUGUAUUGAUGUGGCAUGCCAUGUAAAUAUGCAUUUUGGAGUGAGUUGAGGAGGGGAAAAAAUAAAGAGGCACUGUUUCAUAUAU